AUGGAGGACACAAGGUGUCCGAAGGAAGCCUCCACGACGCACGACAAGCCGAAGAGCUGCGGUCACCAAGCGAAGGGACUUGACCACUGGAGGACUCUGAGAUGUGGUCCGUGGGUCGCAGCUCGCAAAGGGGUUGUGUUGCGGCCUGCCCACCUGCCAUUCUCAAAUAUCACAGUCUGCUUGUGUCAGUCCAGGCGGCUGAAGGAUUACGCCCUCCCCAACGCCAGCUGGAGCAAAGAGAUGCUGGACCAGUUCAACAAGUUCAUGGAGAUGUGCAAAGACGGGACGUGGAUCAGAAUCCCUUCCUAUAGGAAUGUGAAGUAUGAUAUUGCAGAAUGGCAGGGAGAAAAACUGGAGGACGAGGAGGAGGAGACCGAGGCCCGGCUGUUCAGCAGGAGCGUCGACGUCGAAGGUCUGGGAUUUGAAUACGUGAUGUUCUGCAACCUCUCCGAGAAAAGGGUGGUGUGUCUUUUCCAGCCGGGGCCCUACCUGGAAGGGCCCCCAGGUUUUGUGCACGGUGGUUCCGUCGCAACCGUCCUCGACAAUAACCUGAUGGGAUGUGCGUUCAUGACCGUGGGCGGCGCUUUAAUGGCUAAUCUCAACAUCAGCUUUAAGAGCCCCAUCCCCCUGGGCUCGGUGGUCCUGGUGGAGAGCAGGGUGGAAAAAGUGGAGGGCCGGAAGAUGUUCACAUCGGGCUUGGUGCGGAGUACUGACGGGGAGACUAUUUACGCAAAGGCCACAGCUCUGGUCAUCCUGAUGGAAUCAAAGAAAUCCCAUCUAUAA